AGCUCCUUGCCCUCCUCCUCCUCUUCCUGGUGCCCCAGCUCCUUGCCCUCCUCCUCCUCUUCCUGGUGGCCUAGCUCCUUGCCCUCUUCCUGGUGCCCCAGCUCCUUGCCCUCCUCCUUGUGGCCAAGCUCCUCCUCCUCCUCCUUGCCCUCCUCCUGGUGGCCAACCUCCUUGCCCUCCUCCUUGCCCUCUUUUUGGUGGCCAAGCUCCUUGCUCUCUUUUUGGCCUUCCUCCUUGCUCUCCUAAAUUCACUCAGGGGCUUUCUUCAUAUAUAAAGAGCUCAUUUACUCCUGUGGGCAGAACCCUGAAGAAGGCAAAUUUUGAAGCACAAGUUACUCCUGAAGUUCUUGCUUCACCAGCUAGGUUAAGACUAGGAUCACCAAUGCUACAAACUGCACCAAAGCGUAGAGAAAAACUUCAUCAUCGGCUCAGCAAGCAAUGAGGGGAAAAAAGCUUGGUAAAACAUUACCACAGAUGAGGAUUCAACAAAGUCCACCAAGUGCUGUAACCUGGACUCAGAUUUUUGAGCUCCAAAAUCAGGAUGGCUUUUGGAAUCUCAGCCCAGAACUUGGGGUUAUUUUGGAUCUUGAUGUGGAUUAUUUAACCAAUAUUUUCCUUGCAAAAAAGGGCAUUUGGUCCCUAGGUCCUAAAGGAAGAGAAGUAUUGCAGUUGAUUGCUACACUUUUGGUACUGCAGUUCAUACGUUAUAAUCAGCAACUGGAAGGGAUAACCUUCAAAUCUCUAAUGAAACUGGAUGAUUCGCCUACUUCAAGUGCUAUUCACUGGGCUUUUGCUUCAGUAAAGAAAGCAGUGGAAUGGGUAAGAAGAACUGACAGACAAUUUCCAGCCAUCUGCUAUCGACUUGAACUUGGGAAGGAUUGGGACUCUGCCACUAAGAAGUUGUUGGGUAUCGAGUUAAUCAGCACCAACUUUCCUCCAAGUAUUUAAUCACAGAAGACUUCUAUAAGAGUUAACUACUUUACUCAUUUUGCAAUUAUAAGACAAAUUACAGGAGUUCACUGCAUUAAUAGAGGAUAAUUUGAUUUUAUAUCUGUAUAAUUAUUAGGUAGUUUUAAUAUCCAGGAAAUUAACCAAAGACAUGGAAAUUUGGGGUUUUUUCUUAUAUUGUCAUCAAUAUGGACAGUAAUUUUAAAUUUAAAUAUAGUGUUUUACUAAGAGUAAACAUAUACUGCAAUUCACUGUCUAAAACUCAAUAUUUAGCUUCUAUGUUAGAUAAUUUUUAAUUUAAAUUAACCAUUUUGCAGUGCUAAUGCUUUUAUAAUGUGUUUAAUAUAAAUUUGAUUUCUUCUAUAAACCUUAUCCACUUCUUUGGACCAGUAGCACUAUAUAAAAAAACUGUAAUGUAAUAAAGGAAUUACAUCAGCAAGGAAAUACUUCAAUACACUGAUGUCAAGAGGUAUAAGAAGCUGAAUAAUAAAAAGCAAAUAAACAUUUCAAGGUUUUCACUUAGGUAGUUAGAUAAUUCAUGCAGUUGAGUUUCUCAUCAAAAUGCAGCCAAAAGAAGCUGCGUAUCUGUGAUAAUGAUUAGGGGCAUAUGCCUCUCUGAUGUCAGCAAUCUGUGAAUCAUUAGAUGCCCAACUGCUUCUGGAUGUCCAGGUAGCAGCCUUUUCUUUCCAACACAGACAUUGCUACUUUUACCUGUAAAAAGAACAGGAGUACUUGUGGCACCUUAGAGACUAAAAAUUUAUUUGAGCAUAAAUGUGUUAGUCUCUAAGGUGCCACAAGUACUCAUGUUCUUUUUGAGGCUACAGACUAACACAGCUGCUAAUCUGAAACCUGUUACUUUUACCUGUGUCUUUGGCACCUUGUGGUUGGACUACUGCAAUGUGUUUUAAAUGAAGCUGCAUUUUAAGACAAUGUGGAAAAUACUGCAAAUGCAGAAAAUGGUUAUCUGCAUUCACAGAGACAAUAUAAUGCUAAAAAUCUCACUUUGGUUUGAAAACUUUUUAUCUACUGUACAGUUGUUACAAUAAACACUUAAUGAUGAUUAA